AUGAGCAAAUAUGUGCGUCAAAACUGGAAUACUGUACCGGAGCCUGAAACCUACUAUCAUGAGGAGGGAUAUUAUGUUGUUAAAUUCAAAAACAUAGCUGAUAUGAAUGAAAUAUUGUAUGCAGGACCCUAUAGUAUUAACAACAGACCUAUGAUUUUAAAGCAAUGGACUCCAGACUUCGAUUGCAAUGCAGAGUUCCUCACAGAAUUGCCUCUAUGGGUUAAAUUCCCAUAUCUGCCCAUGAGCUGUUGGAGCAAGGACUCAUUAAGUAGGAUAGCCAGUGCUAUUGGUGUUCCUAAAUAUGUUGAUAAGUGUACCGCAAAACAGACUAGAAUAUCAUUUGCUCGAAUGCUCAUUGAAGUCAAUGUCACCAAAACCUUGCCAUCUAAAAUAACAGUGAUGGAUCCUUCAAGGAAAACAUUUCAGCAGGGAGUGAUAUUUGAAUGGAAACUUGAAUACUGUGAACGAUGUCUAAUGAUAGACCACAAUUGUGAUAAGCAAAGAAGGGAUAACUUGAAGACAGAGGACCAUAAGCAAACUAGACCAAUUGAGAGGAAGAAAAGACCUCAAAAAUUAGUUUCAACUUGGGUCCCAAAGGUAAAUACUCAUAAGUCGCCUUUACUGGUGAUCAGCAGGGCACUAGUUACGCAGGGGCUACCAAACAAGCACAACAAUAAGCAGAAACAAUGA